AUGACAGGAGAAAAGGUACGGAACGCUGUCUGCUCACGACGUGCCGCGAGUGAACACCCCACAAGCUGUGGCAGCUAUGAUGAGGAGCGUGUUUUUUUUAGCAGACUUUGUUUGUGGCUGACACACGUCCACUGGAGGCGCGUUCCGGUUGGCUGAUGCUGCUGCUCUUGAUCCGAUUUGAUUGGUCUCGGUGAUGGUUAGUGAUGGAUACAGCUGAGGUUUGGCCGGCCCGCUUGCGGGGCUGGGGAGAAGGAGGGGAGUUUCGCCGAGGACAUAUAAGACCCACCGUCGCUUCGCGUGGGGUCUCAGGAUAAUCACGACGCCACGUGAAGAAGGCACUCCAACCCCACCCUCCCCUCCUGCAAGGCUCCCGCAGCGUCGAGGAAGAGAAAGGAGUCGGCUGGACUUGGGAGAGAGCAGGGCGCGUGAGACGAAAUGGCAUCAAGCAGCAUGGACGUGCAAGACACGGUAGUGCCCCUGCUGGUGGUGUCGGAGCCCGGCAUGUCCCGGCACGCGGACGACGACCCCUCCACGUGGGGCGUCGAGGAGGCCACCGAGUGGACGCCGAGCUCCCUGGUCGACUGGGACGCCGUCCUGUCGGAGGAGCCGCCUCCGGAUCCGGACGACGACGCCGGUGCCGCCGGCGCCGUCUCCGCCGCCGCCGGGUUGAUCGGCGCGCUGCCCUGGGACCCCACCGAGCUGAAGCGGCUGGCCCGGCGCGGCGCGUGGGCCGGCCGGCACGGGGCGCGGGCGCGUGUCUACGCGGCCGUGCUGGACAGGCUGCCGUGCCGGCCAGGGCUCCCGGACGAGGACUCGUACCGCGGGAUGCUGGACGAGGCGGUCGGCGGUCUAGAUGCAGAAAAGCUGCCGGUGUUCGCGCAGGGCAUGCCGUGCCCCGUGUACCACCUCAACGCGAGCGGGCAGGCGGCGCUGUGCCGCGUGCUGGCCGCCACGGGCAGGCUCUUCCCGGCGCUCACGCACUGCCCCGCGCUGCCCGCCGUCGCCGCCCUGCUGCUGCACUACGCACGCGAUGAAGCGCGCUGCUUCGCCGGGGUGGCGCGCCUCCUCUCCUGCUGCUCGGGGUCGGCGCGGUGCAACAAGCACUUCCUGGACCAGACGCACGUGGCGAGCGCCGCAUCGGCGCUCACGUUUGGCGACCUGGCGCGCCGGCACGCCCCCGGCGCGCACGCCCUGUUGUCGGCUCGUGGGAGCCCCUACGCCGACUGGCUGCACUGGCUGCUGGGCGACCUGCCCUUCCCCUACGCCGUGCGCCUGCUCGACAGCUACCUGCUCGAGGGAGACAAGGUGCUGUAUCGCGCCUCUCUGGGCCUCCUCAAAGAGUACAAGUCGUGGCGAGCAUCCGCCGCGGCCGCAACCGCCGUUUCCGACCUCCCGGCGUGGUACGGAAGCGGCGGCGGCGGCGGUGGCGGCAGCGGACCCGGGCCGGAUCCGGCCGGCGAGGACGCGCCGGAGGCGCGGGCCGCGGUGCACGCGUUUGCGCGCGGCCUCGCGGCCCACGGCUGCCCCCCCGAGCGCCUCAUGGAGCGCGCCUUCAACAUCCGCCUCUUCUCGCGCCGCGAGAUGCGGCUCCUGCACGACGCCAACGAGCGGGCGCUGCGCCAGAGAGGGGUGCAGCGCAUCAGCACCGGCCGCGAUGAGCUGCCCGGCACCGUGGACGUGUCGAGCUUCUGCUCUGCCGUGGUGACGGCGGCUGAGAUGCGCUCCGUGUGGUCGUGGAUCCCCGAGCGCCACGCCCUCUACUCCCCGCGCCUCCUCUUCAGCACGCUUGAGCACGGCUGCUCGCUCACGCGGUUUUACGCCAACUGCAAAGAGCACGAGCCUACGAUUUUGCUCAUUAAGACGAUGGACAAUGAGGUGCUGGGAGCGUUUUUGAGCUCCGCCUGGUCGGAGCGGAACCGCGCGACAAUGAAGGCCGGCUCGUUCUUUGGAACUGGGGAGUGUUUCGUCUUCACCGUCCGUCCGGAGAUACGGCGUCACCAGUGGGUCGUCAUCCGCUCUCCGCAGGGCGGACUCGACUCUCCGCUCGCCUCUCCGAUGCCGUCCCCUUACCCGUCCCCCCAGCCCUCUCCCUACCCGACGCCCCCCUCCACCCCUCCCUCCUCGCCCGUUCCUCCGCGCCGGCGCCUCUCCGACAUGAUGGAGGGCAACGCCUGCGGCGGCACCGGCGGCGCCGUCGUCGCUUCCUCCUCCUCCUCCUCCUCCUCCCACGACCGCUCGCUGCACCAGCGCGUCUCGCAGGCCUUCGCCAACUGCAGGCCGCGCUCCGGCUCCACCCGGGAGGUGGCGUCCCAGCCGGGAGACGGCUCCCCCAAGUCGUCCCGCCGCUCCGUCGGCGACGCCCUGCGCCUCUCGCUGUCCGCGCUCGUCGGCUCGCCCGGCCGCUCGCCCGCCGUCUCGCCCAACUUGCCCCGGCGCGGCCUCGGCGGCAACGGCGGCGGCGCCGGCGGCGGCGACGGCGCCGUGGCCUCUCAAGCCGCGUUCGCCAGCGCAGUCUCCUCCUCGCUGCUCUUCCCUCCGGCCGCCGCCUCGAGGCCACGGUCGUUGUCCACCCCGAUCCCGCUGUGCGCCCACGUCCCCUCUCGCCACCAUCACGGCGGGAAGAUCCGAUUCAACCCGACGCCGUCGCCGCCCGCUCUGCUCUGCGUGCCGUCGCACUCCUCCUUCGCCCAGGAGAUGCAAGCACGCGGGCUGGGCCCCAGCGCCGCGCCGCUGCAGGCCUCGCAGUCCUUCCAGAUGCCGGCCAAGGCGGCCUCCAUGUUCAUGGCCGGCACGCCGGACUCCAUCGUGAUUGGCGGGGGAGGGGGGUUCGCCCUGUGCCUGGACGCGGAGCUGCUGCAUGGGCGCAGCGAGGCGUGCGACACGUUCGCCAACCCGCCGCUCAGCUCCACGCAGGACUUCACCGUGCAGGUGCUCGAGGUAUGGGCGCUGCGGCAGGAGGACGACCAACCCUGAGCCUACCGCCGCCGCCGCCACCGGAGACGGAGAGACGGAACCCUUCCCCCUCGCACACCCACCCACCCACCCCACCACAGUCUGCAUGGGCGACUCUCGAGUCAAACGAAUCUGGGCGGGGGGGGUGGGACGGCAAUAUUGGAGACGGGGAGCAACCACGUUGCGAUUAGACCAUGAAGAUCGCGUGUCAACUGUGCAGCUGCCGUGGAAUCUGGCAGAGGGAGUGACGCGGUGGCGAGGUGUUUGGUGGCACCGGUGGCAUUCCCUUGAACAUUACUUCUACCACAGCCUAGCGCAGAAAAGUGCCUUUGAAUUGUGGGGGACACACGAAGCGGAACGGGGGGGGGGGGGGUUGUGGGGGGAGGAGAGUACAUGGUGCAAGCGGGAUGCUGGCAGGGGUAAUGUUUUCACUAAAAAAUAGCAGGGGGGAACACGGGAGGGGGGGGGGGAUCUGGCAGAAGGAGGAAGCAAUGAGGAGGCGUGGUGGCCACCAAAUGACACUGGGCCGUGGUCACCCCCUCAACUUGAAUGCGAGCGUCUCCCCAGCCACCCUGAUGAGCGGCGCACCUGGGGUGUGGUGGGCACAGAUGGCCACCCCCGUCGCACUGCACUCUUGAGCUCAUGGGCACGUGGGGACUCGGUCGACAUUCCAUACCCAGAUCCACAGCUCGCGCGGCGACACAACCUGAGGCUUCGUCUGCCCGGGUGCAAAAGAAGUUCAACAUACAUACGCAAGGGCGAGCACUGUCGCACGCAACGUCACGGCAAUCGAGAGGAGAGCCCCUGGCGUUGGUCAACCACAGCUGUGAGCGCUUGUCCAAGUUUGUCACACAUUCACCUCGAGCACGCGUGGAUUCCGAUGGAACGUUCCUCGACGAAGAGAGAGAGGGGUGCGCGAAUCCAGAGUUGAGAUUGGAAAACGCAAUGUGCGCGGCUCCUGUCGGAUGUCGAGUGUCGCUGGAUGCAUUCAACGUGCUGAUCGUAUCCAGCGAGAGCAGCGUGAACUUUGCAUUAUAACCUACUAGCUUUACUACCCAGCUUCGCCCGGGACUUGAAUUCACCACGCCCGGCCGCCUUUGUCUCCCCAGUGGCGAUGUUCACACACCAGUUACUCAUUUGAGGCUGAGUCGACCUAGGGGAG